AAUCAGAAGCGUGACUGGGCUUUGGCGCGAGCCGGGAACGCUGGGGCAGUGCGGAUUUGGCGCGAUAAGAGGCUGCCGUAGUUGCUGCUGCUUCUGCUGCUGCCGCUGCUGCUGGUCAGUGUGAGUGAGCGUGGGGUGCAGGAGCCUGCACUGAGGUGCCACCGCCCCAGGAGUGGAAAGGAGUGGAUUGCACACUGAGGCCUGGGACAGAGAGUAUUGCAGGCUUCCCUGUUCUUUUUUGUAUCCAGCUGUGGUUAUUAUGCCUCAGACCCGAUCCCAGGCACAAGCCAUCAUCAGUUUUCCAAAAAAGAAGCCAUCUAGGACAUUGAAUAAAACAAAAACUCCUAAUGACAAGAAACUAGAACUUAAAAAUGUCCAGGCUAUACCCUCUUCUCCUUGUCUAAGCACAAAGAUUCUGCCUCUCAGCCCCAGAAAACGUUUGGGUGAUGACAACCUAUGCAACACUCCUCACUUAUCUCCCUGUUCUCCACCAAAGCAAAGCAAGAAAGAAAACGGUCCCCCUCAUUCACAUACCCGGAAGGGACGCAGAUUGGUAUUUGACAAUCAGCUGACAGUUAAGUCUCCCAGCAAAAAAGAACAAGACAGAGUUCACCAAAACAAAAUACUUUCCUCGGUUCAAAAAGAUCAAGAGAUCACAACAGAUUCUGAACAGAAAUGUUCAUCGGAGAAGGAAUUUGCCUGUAUGAGACUGUUCAAGCAAGAAGGCACUUGCUACCAGCAGGCAAAGCUUGUCCUGAAUACAGCUGUCCCGGAUCGGCUGCCUGCCAGAGAAAAAGAGAUGGAUGUUAUCAGGAGUUUCCUGAGGGAACACAUCUGUGGGAAAAAAGCUGGAAGUCUUUACCUUUCUGGUGCGCCUGGAACUGGGAAAACUGCCUGCUUAAGCCGAAUUCUACAAGACUUCCAGAAGGAAAUGAAAGACUUUAAAACUAUCAUGCUGAAUUGCAUGUCUUUGAGGAGUGCCCAGGCUGUGUUCCCGGCCAUUGCUCAGGAGAUUUGUCAGGAAGAAAUACCUAGGCCAGCUGGGAAGGAUGUGAUGAAGAAAGUGGAAAAACAUAUGACUGCCAAGAAGGGCCCCAUGAUUGUGUUGGUGCUAGACGAGAUGGAUCAGUUGGACAGCAAAGGGCAGGAUGUAUUAUACACACUGUUUGAAUGGCCGUGGCUAAGCAAUUCUCGCUUGGUGCUGAUUGGUAUUGCUAACACCCUGGAUCUCACAGACAGAAUUCUGCCGAGACUUCAGGCUAGAGAAAACUGUAAGCCACAGCUCUUGAACUUCCCACCUUAUACCAGGAGUCAGAUAGCUAUGAUCUUACAGGAUCGACUUAAUCAGGUGUCUAGAGACCAGGUUCUGGACAAUGCUGCGAUUCAGUUCUGUGCCCGCAAAGUCUCAGCUGUCUCUGGAGACGUUCGCAAAGCACUGGAUGUUUGCAGGCGAGCUAUUGAAAUUGUGGAGUCAGAUGUCAAAAGCCAGACAAUCCUCAAACCACUGUCUGAAUGUAAAUCAUCCUCUGCGUCUCUGGUUCCCAAGCGUGUUGGUCUUGUUCACAUAUCCCAAGUCAUUUCCGAAGUUGAUGGUAACAGGAUGACUUUGAGCCAAGAAAGAACACAAGAUUCCCUCCCUCUUCAGCAGAAGAUCUUGGUUUGCUCCUUGCUGCUGGUGACCAGGCAGUUGAAAGUAAAAGAGGUCACUCUGGGAAAGUUAUAUGAAGCCUACAGUAGCAUCUGUCGCAAACAGCAGAUGGCAGCUGUGGACCAGUCGGAGUGUUUGUCCCUUUCAGGGCUCUUGGAGUCCAGAGGCAUUUUAGGGUUAAAGAAGAACAAGGAGGUCCGCCUCACAAAGGUGUCUCUGAAGAUUCAAGAAAAGGAGAUAGAGCAUGCUCUGAAGGACAAAGCUUUGAUUGGAAAUAUCCUAGCUACUGGGCUGCCUUAAAUGCUUCCUACACCUCACUGGGACGUGUUCGGUGGGCAUUUGGCACACUAGGGAAUCUUCAUUUUAGUGCUUUAUACUCAGGUCCUUUGAAAACAAGACCUUUUUUACUUAAAACUGAUGAAUUUUAAUGUAUAGAUUCAUGAGUAUUAACACAGGGUAAUAUUUUGGGGUCUUUUGUUUUUACCCACAAAAAUACCCAAGUAGCUGGGUUGCACAUGCCUAUAAUCCCAGCACUUAGAGGUGGAGACAGGAGGAUCGGGAGUUCAAGGUCCUUCUUGGCUACAUAGUUAGUUUGAGGCCUUGAGGCCUACCUGGACUACAUGAGACUCUAUCUUUUAAAAACAAUGACCAGUGAAUCCUUUUUAAAUUAUGUUCAGUACCUUUCCCACACAUGCUUACAAGUAUAUGCUGAUUUAUGUUGCAGAAUAUGUAUAUAUUUACUUUUAAGUAUAAACAGUAUAUUUAAGGACUUUGAAGUUAAGGUUAAGAAGAAUGAAAAGAAAUGAUCCAGAAAAGUAGACACACCUCCAUGGAAAUUUGAAGGUUAAAGAAUUUCGUUUUGGCUGGGCGUGGUGGCGCACACCUGUAGUCCCAGUACUUGGGAGGCAGAGGCAGGCGGAUCUCUGUGAGUUCAAGACCAGCCUGGCCUACAUAGUGAGUUUCAGGACAGCAGGGGUCACAGGGAGACCCUGUCUCAAAAUGACAAAAGAAAAAUUUCAUUUUGACAUUUGAUGCAUCCACACCGUCGAUACCACACUGGACAUUUUAAAAGAUUCGCUGAGUUUCUUGAGUAUUCCCAAUGUGGGGGAGAGUGUACCUACAGAUUGUGAAUAUAUUUAUUUUCCAAGUUUCUUUUUUUUUUUUUUAAGGACUCAUUUAUUUGUGUGUGGACGUAUAUGUUCCAUGGCAUGCAUGUGGAGGUCAGGACAGCUUGGCAGGAGUUAUUUCUCAACUUCUACCAUGUGAGUCUUGGAGAUUGAACUCAGGUCCUUGGGCUUGGAAGUACUUUCACCCUGUGAGCCUUUGCACAGGCCCACAUGUCUUUUUAAGUUACAUUUCAUAAGAACUUAAGCUUUCAGAAAUUAGUAUGAAAAUUCCUUCCUAUAGUGUCCCACAGUCUUAGAUGCAUUCACGAGGCCGAUAUUUCAAUAUGUGUCCAUUCAGGUUGAUUUUCAUCUGAAAAGAUAUUUUUCUAGUCUUAUUAAAUAAAUUCAUCCGUAUGGUUACUGGA